AUGGGUAUGACAUUUAGCAAGAUUUUCCAGAGCCUUAUCGGCAAAAAGGAAAUGCGCAUAUUGAUGGUUGGUCUCGAUGCGGCCGGAAAGACAACCAUCUUAUACAAACUUAAACUUGGUGAAAUUGUCACGACCAUCCCAACAAUCGGGUUUAACGUCGAAACUGUCGAGUACAAGAACAUCUCUUUCACCGUCUGGGACGUUGGAGGGCAAGACAAGAUCCGUCCUCUAUGGAGGCACUACUUCCAAAACACUCAGGGUAUCAUUUUCGUUGUCGACUCCAAUGAUCGUGAUCGUAUCGUCGAAGCACGGGAAGAGCUUCAACGAAUGUUGAACGAAGACGAACUCCGAAAUGCUCUGCUCCUUGUCUUCGCUAACAAGCAGGAUCUGCCCAACGCCAUGAACGCCGCUGAGAUCACCGAUAAACUCGGUCUGCCCAGCCUCCAGAACAGGAUAUGGUACAUUCAGGCUGCAUGUGCGACGAGUGGUGAUGGCCUUUACGAGGGUCUCGAAUGGUUGAGUCACAACAUCAAAACUCAGAGGUAG